GAAGGAAGUAGCUCCAUCACUUUGUUUUAAAAUGGGAGAAGAGAAGGAGGUGAUUUCUCAUGUUAUUUCCAGUCCUCCUUUUGAAGUUGAAGUUCCUCAAACUCUUCAUCAGAUUGGCCAAGAAAUUUAAAUAUGGGAGAAGAGAAGGAGGUGAUGUCUCAUGUUAUUUCCAAUCCCUCUUUUGAAGUUGAAGUUCCUGAAACUCUUCAUCAGAUUGGCCAAGAUUCAUGGUUUCAGGUGGGACUUGUUCUCACGACUACUGUCAAUUGUGCGUAUGCACUAGGAUAUGCUGGCACAAUCAUGGUUCCUCUGGGUUGGAUUGGUGGUGUGACUGGUAUGGUUUUAUCUACAAUCAUAUCAUUAUAUGCCAGUACCCUUAUGGCAAAGAUCCAUCAAUAUGGAGAAAAAAGGCAUAUCAGAUAUAGAGAUCUUGCAGGAUUUAUGUAUGGAUACAGAGCUUAUGUCAUUGUUUGGGGAUUACAGUAUGCAAAUCUUUUCUUGAUAAAUAUUGGAUUCAUCAUUUUGGGUGGACAAGCCUUAAAGGCUUUCUAUCUUCUCUUUAGGGAGGAUCAUGAGAUGAAGCUUCCAUACUUCAUCAUAAUCGCAGGAUUAGCGUGCGUGAUUUUUGCUGUUUCUGUGCCCCAUUUGUCAGCUCUAGGUGUUUGGAUGGCAGUUUCCACAUUCCUCAGUAUAGUGUAUUUCUCAAUAGCCUUUGCUUUGUGUCUUAAAGAUGGUAUUAAUGCGCCUCCUAGGGACUAUAGCAUUCCAGGAUCCUCCUCUAGUAGAGCUUUUACAACUAUUGGUGCAGCUGCAAGUCUUGUUUUUGUAUACAACACAGGAAUGAUCCCAGAGAUCCAGGCUACUGUAAGAGCACCUGUUGUUGACAACAUGUUGAAAGCCCUGUAUUUUCAGUUUACUAUAGGAGUUGUGCCGGUGCAUGCUGUUACUUACAUGGGGUAUUGGGCGUAUGGAUCUAAAUCAUCAUCUUAUUUGCUCUACAAUGUCAGUGGCCCUGUUUGGCUGAGGGGAUUAGCCAACAUUGCUGCUUUCUUCCAAUCCAUCAUUACGUUGCACAUAUUUGCAAGUCCAACAUACGAGUAUUUGGACACUAAAUAUAGAAUAAGUGGAAGUGUAUUGGCUUUUCGGAACCUGUCAUUCAGAACAGUAGUUAGAGGUGGUUAUCUAGCAAUUACCAUUUUUCUAUCUGCUCUGUUACCUUUUCUUGGAGAUUUCAUGAGCUUCACCGGUGCUAUCAGUACAAUUCCACUCACAUUUAUUCUUCCGAAUCACAUGUACAUUGUUGCUAUGAGGAAGCAAAUUUCGUCAUUACAAAAGAGCUGGCACUGGUUCAACAUUCUCUUCUUUAGUUGUAUAGCUGUUGCAGCAUUAGUUGCUUCUGUAAGACUUAUUGCCAUGGACUCAAAAACUUACCAUGUGUUCGCAGAUUUAUAACUCAUUCGAGUUUACCUGGAUGAGAAUGUCUCUCAUGUUUAUGUUGUUAGUUGUAUUCAAACAUUGUAGCUUCUCUAUUAGAA